CAAAGCGACGGCGCGCGCGCGCGCGCCACAGCGGCCGGCGUACCCAGCUUGAUUUGGAGGAAACCACUGCAUUAGAUUGUAAGCUGCAGGAUACAGCUAUCGGCUGGGCUGAUCAUGGCCCUUUCUGUGGAGACUGAGUCGCGUAUCUACCGAGCUCUGCGCACUGCCUCUGGGGCUGCUGCCCACCUUGUGGCUCUGGGCUUUACUAUCUUUGUGGCUGUGCUUGCCAGGCCUGGCUCCAGCCUGUUCUCCUGGCACCCUGUGCUUAUGUCACUGGCUUUUUCCUUCCUGAUGACCGAGGCCCUGCUGGUGUUCUCUCCUGAGAGUUCGUUGCUGCAUUCCCUCUCACGGAAGGGCCGAGCACGCUGCCACUGGGCGCUGCAGCUGCUGGCUCUGCUGUGUGCACUGUUGGGCCUAGGUCUUGUUAUCCUCCACAAAGAGCAGCUUGGCAAAGCCCACCUGGCUACGCGGCAUGGGCAGGCAGGGCUGCUAGCUGUGCUGUGGGCCGGACUGCAGUGCUCGGGUGGGGUGGGACUGUUGUACCCCAAGCUACUGCCUCGAUGGCCUCUGGCAAAGCUCAAGCUCUAUCACGCUACUUCCGGGCUAGUGGGAUACCUCCUGGGUAGUGCCAGCCUCCUGUUGGGCAUGUGUUCACUCUGGUUCACUGCCGCUGUCACUGGUGGGGCCUGGUACUUGGCUGUGUUAUGCCCCAUCCUCACCAGCUUGGUCAUUAUGAACCAGGUGAGUAACGCCUACUUAUACCGUAAGAGGAUCCAACCAUGAACUCUUCCUAGCCAAGAGGAAGCCUAGAUUUGCAACUGUGCAGGAGUUGGGACUGGGCGCCUCCUGGACUCUCCUGAUUGGGUCUGGGCAAGUUCAGGUACUGGGGCAGUCAGGGUAGGAGAUCUGUGUGAAAUACUUGCUCCUCAUAUUAGACUCGCCUCCCUUUGCCUUCUCUCACCGCCACCCCCCUCCCCAGAGGAGCAUGAAUCAUGUGUGUGGAUGAAAUUGGGGUUGCAGCACUGUCUCCCCAACAAUGCAGCUCAUUCUUUUACUGGUAUGUCCAGAAAUUAUGGAGAGAAAGAAUUAAUAAAAAAAAAACUGAGUUGAAGAUGGUUCUUGCUAAAGCCAUCAACAGGAGAA